CAGUUUGACCACAGAACAAUUCUUCGCUUUCCUUUGAAAUUCGGACACCUCUCGCUCUUUCUCUACUUUAAUGGCGCCUUUAAGCCACUCGCUUCUGCCUAACUCUACGCCCUCUCACAAUCACUCCCAUUUAUAAUUCCACUCUCAAUCCCCAAUUUCCUUCACAUCCCCGUCUCCAAUUCCAACCCCACCUCUCUGCUCCCUCUCCCAUGGCUGACUCCGCCUCCUCCCCAACCUCAUUGCUCAAAGAUGAGCUCGACAUCGUCAUCCCCACCAUCAGAAACCUCGACUUCCUCGAGAUGUGGAGGCCCUUCUUCCAGCCCUACCAUCUCAUCAUUGUCCAAGAUGGGGACCCCUCCAAGGUCAUCAAAGUCCCCGAGGGAUUCGAUUAUGAGCUCUAUAAUCGCAACGACAUUAAUCGGAUUCUGGGUCCUAGAGCCAAUUGCAUUUCCUUUAAGGACUCUGCUUGUCGAUGCUUUGGCUACAUGGUCUCCAAAAAGAAGUAUAUCUUCACCAUUGAUGAUGAUUGCUUUGUUGCAAGUGAUCCGUCUGGGAAACCCAUUAAUGCACUUGCACAGCACAUCAAAAACCUCCUCUGCCCCUCCACCCCCUUCUUCUUCAACACCCUUUACGAUCCUUACCGAGAUGGUGCUGACUUUGUGCGUGGAUAUCCCUUCAGUCUGCGAGAGGGUGUCCCCACUGCUGUUUCUCAUGGCCUCUGGCUUAACAUCCCUGAUUAUGAUGCACCAACUCAGCUUGUUAAGCCUCUGGAAAGGAACACAAGGUUUGUGGAUGCUGUUUUAACAAUCCCUAAAGGCACUUUGUUCCCCAUGUGUGGUAUGAAUUUGGCAUUUGACCGAGACCUCAUAGGCCCUGCAAUGUACUUUGGACUCAUGGGUGAUGGCCAGCCAAUCGGUAGAUACGACGACAUGUGGGCAGGCUGGUGUAUCAAGGUUAUAUGUGACCAUCUGGGGCUGGGAGUGAAGACAGGGCUGCCAUACAUCUAUCAUAGCAAGGCAAGCAACCCAUUUGUGAACCUGAGGAAGGAGUAUAAGGGCAUUUUCUGGCAGGAAGACAUCAUCCCAUUCUUCCAACAAGUUGUUCUUCCAAAAGAUUGCACCACUGUCCAAAAGUGCUACUUCGAGCUGGCCAAACAAGUGAAGGACAAGCUUAGCAAAGUAGACCCUUACUUUGACAAGCUCGCAGAUGCGAUGGUGACUUGGAUUGAAGCUUGGGAUGACCUCAACCCGGCUGGAGUUUCUACUAAUAUGCCCAAUGGCAAACCUUAAUUGUUUAGUCGAAUCAUGAAACUUAAAAGGGGUUUCUUUCCUUUUGGAUUUUGGAUGUAUUUCUUGUUUUUCAAUCUACUCUUCCUUAUAUGCUAUAGAAACAAUAAAUAUGGUGGUGAUGAGGUUCUAGUUUGUACCAGAGUUGUGAUACCCAGAAAUAUUAUGAGAUAUACUUUUUUUCA